AUGUACUUAAACAAGAAACGGUGUAUUUCGAGUUUUACAAAAUUGAAGAUAUUUGUCGCAGCCCUUCCGAAACGACCAAGACCUUUGCAGCUGCAAGGAAAUGUGAAAUACUCAACUUCUGGGCUUCACGAUUCACCAGGGCACAAGACAAUGGACGAAGGGUUGUUCAGGAUCCCCUUUUCCCAGGGAUUUCAGUCGCCACAGGCAGCUAUGCUCCACAAAGCCAGAUAUUUGGAGGAGAAUUCAGAUGCCGUGAAUUCGCACCAGAACAAAUCCUUCAAACCCUUCUCCGAAUUUGUCUUUCCAAAUGACGAAUCAGCAGACUCUUUUGAUGAACUUCAGCCAUUUAUUGCAAAAUCCAAAGCCUCUUUUGAAGUUGAAGGAAGAGCCUCUUCUUCAGCGUCUUCGCCACAGGCUGCGCUGCUCAAAAUGGAAAACUUUACGGGACUCCCUUCUGAGCUGCCGAAAAUAAUUCCAAGCGGUUAUAAUGUCCAGAAGAGGAAGCCAGAAAAACCUCAGAGGCAUGCCUUUAAGACCAGAUCUGAAUCAGACAUUAUGGAGGACGGUUUCAAGUGGCGAAAGUAUGGAAAGAAAUUCAUAAAGGGAAACCCUAAUCCCAGGAAUUAUUACCGAUGCUCUUACAGCAACUGUGAGGUUAAAAAGAGAGUGCAACGGGAUGCACAUGAUAAAGGAAUAGUGAUCACUACAUAUGAGGGAAAACACAACCAUGAGAGCUCCACAGCCGUGUAUUAUGUAACAAAUCCUCCAAUAUUUAUAGCAGAGCAGGCUUCCUGUUUGGAGAAUUAUUCUCCGCCACUCUCUUACCCUUCUCACAGCUCCGAUUUAUAGUUUAUUAAUACCAGCUAGAGAAAGUUCCAUGUAUCAAAAACAUAAAUGAU